AUGCUCCCUCGAUUGGCUUUCCAACUCGCCAGGCCCGCUCAGGGCUCCGGCUCCAUGGCCGCCAAGCCUCUUUCAUCCUUACUCCAAGUCCGCUAUGCCUCGAAGAAGGCGUUUGCAGGUGGAAGCAAGGGCCGAGAUAUGCCCCUGCAGAAAUACCGCACCCCGUCGUCCCCCAGCGCCGUAAAGGGCUCGACCGCCACUCUGACCAUUCGUGAUGGACCCGUCUUCCACGGCAAGCCUUUCGGCGCCAAGAACAACAUCUCGGGAGAAGCCGUCUUCACGACCUCCCUCGUCGGAUACCCCGAGUCCAUGACUGAUCCCUCGUACCGUGGCCAGAUUCUGGUCUUCACCCAGCCUCUCAUUGGCAACUACGGUGUCCCUUCUAACGAACGCGACGAGUACAACCUCCUCAAGUACUUCGACCACUGGACUGCCGUCGAGAGCCUGAGCGAAGAAGGGCUCUUCCUCGCCAAGAUCACCGUUGGCGAAGAGUAUGAUGCCGACGAGGACGAGUCCUUUGUCGACCCCGGCGCCAUCAACCUCGUGAAGAAGGUCAGCACCAAGGCGCCCUUUGUUGUGGAGUCUCCCGGUGCUGACUUGCACGUUGCCCUCAUCGACUGCGGAGUCAAGGAGAACAUCCUUCGCUCCCUCGUCAGCCGAGGUGCCUCGGUCACCGUCUUCCCCUACAACUACCCCAUCCACAAGGUUGCUAGCAACUUUGAUGGCGUCUUCAUCUCUAACGGCCCCGGUGACCCGACUCACUGCCAGGAGACCACCUACAACCUCGCCCGCCUCAUCGACACCUCGGAGGUCCCCGUCAUGGGCAUCUGCCUCGGCCACCAGCUUCUCGCUCGCCGCUGGCGCCCGCACCAUCAAGCUCAAGUACGCCAGAACCACGGUUACGCCGUCGAUUCCAAGACCCUGCCCGACGAGUACCAGGAGUACUUUGUCAACCUCAACGAUGGAAGCAACGAGGGCAUGAUCCACAAGACCCGCCCCAUCUUCUCCACCCAGUUCCAUCCCGAGGCCAAGGGAGGUCCCAUGGAUAGCUCCUAUCUGUUCGACAAGUACAUUGAGAGCGUCAAGGCCUUCAAGGCCAGCCAGUCCGUCUACAAGGACAACCGCCCUACUCGUCUCAUGCUCGACAUCCUCAGCAGGGAGCGUGUCGGCGUCGAGCCUACCCCCUUGCCUCGGCCCAGUAAAACGGAUCCGGUCAUUGUAAUGGCAGGUGGACGGGGUAUUCAUCUUCUCUGA